AUGGAGGCAGUGACACGGACCGUGUCCUGCCCGCCGACUGUCAGGCAGGGCAAAGACUCAUGGAGAAUCACUGGUCCGAAAAAGCCCAGCGCUAAGAAGGAGUCAAAGGAAAAGAGAGAGAGCAACGAGGAAAGCAAGGAGAACCUGAAGGCCAAGUCGGACGACUCGGGAGAGGAGAAGAACAGUGACGACUCCCAGAAGAACGGGCCAAAGAAAAAAGGAAACAAGCAGAAGUGGGUUCCUCUGAAGAUCGAUGUGAAGUCCGAGGGUCCCAGAGAGCGCUCGGCCUCCAGGAACAACAGCAGGCAAAACGAAAACCUCCGGCUUCCCCCCAACGCCAGGAACGACCUCAGAGACUGGCACAGCCAAAAGUACGAGCGCGAGUGGCGCGAUGACCACGACGAGGUGUCCAGUGUGAAGAGCGAGGGGGCGCCAUUCCGCGGUGGUUUCAGAGGUCGCGGACGCGGGAGAGGAAGAGGACGAGGAAGAGGCCGCGGUAGAGGCCACUACGACUAUCACUACAGCUACAAGUCUUUUGAUGUAAAAGACGGGCCCUACAGCCAGAAGUUUGGGAACUCCGUCACCUACUACUACGACAACAUGAGCAGCAACGACCUUUACACGGUCGACCAGGACCUGCUGAAGGACUACAUCAAAAGGCAGAUUGAGUACUACUUCAGCCUGGACAACCUGGAGAGGGACUUUUUCCUGCGGAGGAAGAUGGACGAUGAGGGCUUCCUGCCUGUCGGGCUUAUAGCCAGUUUCCACAGAGUGCAGGCCCUCACCACUGAUGUCAACCUUAUUCUAGAGGCUCUGAAAGAUAGUAAAGAGGUAGAGGUGAUAGACAUGAAGAUCCGGCGGAAGGUGGACCCUGAGAAGUGGCCGCUGCCGGGCCUAAACGUUCCUAACCACACACACACCGAUUUCUCCCAACUCAUCAAUUGUCCCGAGUUCGUCCCGAGGCAAAUGCCCGAGGAGCCCAGAGGGUCCAGAUCAUCGGAGCAACAGACCAAGGCUGAAUUAGACACUUCCAACCUCAAAACAAUGCCCAAGGGCCUCUCGGCCAGCCUCCCUGACCUGGACUCGGAGUCCUGGAUCGAGGUGAAGAAGAGACCCAGACCUUCCCCAGCCCGACCCAAGGUCAGCUCAGAGAAGACCCCCUUAUUACAGCAGAAGGAAAAGGAUGACUCCGUUAGAUCCCCCGUCCCCCAACCCGGCUCCUCACCCUCCCCUGCUACCUCAGGAAAUAAGGACGGAACAGAGCAAGAUGAGCCGGAAGAGUUGGACUUCAUGUUCGACGAGGAGAUGGAGCAGAUGGAUGGACGCCGCAACACCUUCACAGACUGGUCGGACGAGGACACGGACGGCGAGCUGGAUGACCACGACGUCAACAAGAUCCUGAUCGUGACGCAAACGCCUCCCUACCUGAGGAAGCACCCGGGGGGUGACCGCACAGGGCACCACACGUCGCGCGCCAAACUCUCCAGUGAGCUGGUCAAGGUGAUCAACGACGGGCUGUUCUACUACGAGCAGGACCUGUGGGACGACACGUACGAGCCCGAGUACGCCACCAUCAAGCAAGAGGUGGAGAACUUCAAAAAGGUCCACCUGAUCAGUCGUGAGCAGUUCGACUGCCUGACCCCGGAACCUCCCGUCGAUCCCAACCAGGAAGUCCCUCCAGGUCCCCCAAGGCCCCAGCAGAGUAAGGACACAAAUGCGCUUCGUGUCCCCACAGACGCUUUGGCAAACAAACUCUUCGGAGCGCCCGAACCCUCCUCGACAGCCCGCUCCCUCCCCACCACCGUGCCUGACUCGCCCAAUUACCGCAGUGCCCGCACGCCCCGGACGCCUCGCACCCCUCAUCGGAAAGACCCGACCAUGACGCCGCGCUUCUACCCGGUGGUGAAGGAAAGCCGGCCCGUGGAUGCCAAGACGCCAAGAAAGAGGAAGACCCGGCACAGCUCCAACCCACCCAUGGAGUGCCACGUCGGCUGGGUGAUGGACUCCAGGGAGCACCGCUCCCGCACAGCCUCCGUCAGCUCCAACGCCAGCCCAUCAGAGGGCACCCCCGCCAUGGGCACCAUCGGUUGCACGCCCCAGUCCCUUCCCAAGUUCCAGCACCCAUCUCACGAGCUGCUGAAGGAAAACGGCUUCACGCAACACGUUUACCACAAGUACCGCCGGCGCUGCCUCAACGAGAGGAAGAGGCUGGGAAUCGGCCAGUCGCAGGAGAUGAACACGCUCUUCCGCUUCUGGUCGUUCUUCUUGCGCGACCACUUCAACAGAAAGAUGUACGAGGAGUUCCGACAGCUGGUGGUAGAGGAUGGGAAAGAGGGCUAUAGGUAUGGUUUAGAGUGCUUGUUCAGGUACUACAGCUACGGCCUGGAGAAAAAGUUCAGGCCGGACAUCUUUAAGGACUUCCAGGAGGAGACCAUGAAAGACUACGAGGCUGGCCAGCUGUAUGGACUGGAGAAGUUCUGGGCUUUUCUCAAAUACUCCAAAGCUAAGACCAUGGAGAUCGAACCCAAGCUUCAGGAGUACCUGAGCAAGUUUAAACGCCUGGAGGAUUUCAGAAUUGAUCCCCCAAUGGAGGAAGGACGCCGCAGGAGACACUCAUCCAGUGGAGACGGCCGCCGCCGGCACCCGUCGCAGACCUCUGGCCGGCCCCACAGCCAGGCGAGCGGAGGCCACGCCCCCGCCGCCAGGGACGACGCCAAACCCACGAGCCAGAAGGCCCCCACCGGCGACCCCAUGCCAGACGCCAAAACGCUGAAGUAG